AAACUUACAGCACACAUUACUUUUUAAGAGUGUUUUUACUGUUCAGCCAUUUUCAUACAAAAUCAGUGUAUAUACAGAAGACAUCUUUACUGAGACUAGGAUGGACGUGUUGUCCUUCAUCGCCUUGUCCACACCCUUUGUGCUGCUCCUGACAGCGGGCUUCUUGUUCUACCUCUACGGAACUUGGCCCUAUGGAGUGUGGAAGUCACUGGGUGUUGAUGGACCCAAACCUUCACCUUUCAUUGGCAACCACCAUCAGCUGGCUACAGAGGGAAUCGAACCAUUUAUUGAGAGGCGGUCGAAUAAAUAUGGUCGCACAUUUGGCAUCUAUUCCGGACGUGUGCCUAUGCUGGUGACCACAGACCUCGACAUUUUAAAGGAAGUUCUUGUGAAAAAUUUCAAUCAGUUUACAGACAGAUUUGAAAGGGCUGAAAUUUUUCCAGAGGAAGUUGGGUCGAUGUUGCCAUUCUCUACAGGUGCACAAUGGAAAAGAAUUCGACACAUACUCACACCUACCUUUAACACGGCAAAGUUGAAACAGAUGGAAAACUAUAUUCAACGCUGCAGCAUCCAGCUCACAAAAAACAUUGAGAAGGCUGUUAGUAAAGGCGAAAAGAUUGAUGUCAAAAAAUGCUUUAGGGGCUACACCAUGGAUGUGAUCGCGGGCACUGGGUUUGGGAUAGAAGUGAAUUCUCAGAAAGAUCUCAACGAUCCAUUCGUCAGAGAUGCGGCGGGCCUUGUGCAAGAAAUUUUCACUCAAAAAGGAUUGUUUAUGUCACUUGCAAAGGCUGCUCCAUUCCUGAUACCCUUUAUAAGAUUUCUGGUUACAAAUUUCUUUCAACCCAGAGGAUGGAAGUCAUUCGGGGAAAACCUUCACCGCAUUAUACAAGAUCGAAAACUGGAAGGAAACAUGAAUAGAAAACCUGACUUUCUUCAGCUACUCCUGAGCUGUGAGGUAAAUCAGAGUCCAGAAAAAGACCAAAUGAAUGUUUUAUCAGAAGUCGAGGUCGUCGCCCAAGCAAUGAUUUUGUUGACCGCUGGACACGAAAUGACGGCCAACACCCUGCAGUACCUGACCUUUGCCCUGGCGCUCCACCCACAGGUGCAGGAGAAGGUCGUGCGGGAAAUCAACCAACAGCUUGGUGAUGAGACACCUACCUAUGAGGGUGUAUCAAAGCUGAAAUACCUGGACUGCGUCAUCCAGGAGACACUGCGGAUGUAUCCUUCCGUCAACUCAACAAACAGAAUGGCAUUAGAAGAGGUCACCAUUAAAGGCAUUACAAUCCCUAAGGGCGCUGGAGUUAUGAUUCCUAUCGCCAACGUGAUGAGAGACCCGGAGUACUUCCCUGAACCUGACAAGUUCUUACCUGAACGGUUUUUGGAAGACAAUGUUAGCCCCAUCUCAUUCUUGGCAUUCGGGUAUGGACCUCGUCUGUGUAUUGGCAUGCGUCUGGCUCUGCUGCAGAUGAAGAUGGCCAUGGUUCAUGUGCUGAGGAGAGUAAAGUUUAUCAAGACAAACGACCUGCAGGAAAUCCUGAAGAUUAAGCCUGGCUCACUUUUUAACCUCCCAGACAAAGUCAUUGCCAUCAGUGGCGAAAUGAGAGACACAGCCAACACACCUUAGGGCACAGUUAUGGGGCUUUACAGGGAAACAUACUGCAGUGGACACCAUGGAGCUAAUUGUUAUAUUCACCUAGCCUGUCAUUCGGUAAAGGCAAGGGGAAAACGUCUUCUGGAUCGGAAAUGACCUGGUGAUCAAAGUGCAAAUCCGGGGUCAUUCAACAAGCAGUGGAAAAUGAUUAUUUUAACGUUUAUAAGACUAGCCAAGGUAGACUAUAAAUCCCUGUCCUAGAAGUAAAAAUAUUAUCUUUCUGUAAAAGUGCAGUCUCUAAAAAUAAGUAACUAUGAAGCAGAUAACUUUAAUUGUAGUACAAAAGCCUUCAAUGUCAAUGUCCUGCAUGUCUAUUUUAUUUUAGUAUUCACUUAGUACCUUUGACUUCAUUACCCCAUAUCAAAUUCCUGCAUUUGAUUGGAUGUGUGUGUGUCAAGGUAUACCUAGAUAUAAAUUGUGUAUGCACUUUUCGAUUUUAUUGUUCCUCUUUUUUUAUUUUGUAAUGAACAAAUGCACAACACAUAAAUCGCAAUAGAAUAUUGCAAUAUUUCACAGUAUACUUUUGUGAAAAUAUGUUUCUUUUUUGCGUUACUGUAUGUCUGAAAUAAAGAAGCAAUAUGCAACAGC